AUGAACUACUUCACCUUUGAGUAUGCUUCGCUCGAUAACGAUGGUUUUGGCUCCUUGAACCAGUGGGCCGUCGACGAACCGGCCUGCGACAAAAUGAGCGGUAGAUCUCCUUCUGCCGUCGGGCGCAAGGACGAUGUCUUCAUGAUUACCAAUCCAGAUCUUGUCCCUAUUCAAGACACUGCCUGGGGCAUCAAGCCUCUACAUCCAGGCGAUAUUCAGCCCAGUGUCACUUUGUCUAGCAGCAACUAUCAUCUUGUGGUAGAUGAUAUUGACACUGCAGAUAUCGCCUGCCUGAGACACGACGUCCAGGCCGCCUCCUCUCUCAGCGUCCCAUGCCCAGGCUUACAUAAUAAUACUCCCGCCACCGAUCUUCCCAACAGUCUCACCCCGAAGGAUGACGAAGGCAUAGCCAGCCACCACGCCACUAACUGUCAUACUCCCGAGACCUCCCGGGAAAGCCAAGAGACGCCGUUCAGCCGAUGCCGUGCCAUAGUCCAAAAAAAGAAGGCUCAACCACGUCAAGCGCGCUCAACCUCAAACCUACGGGCCCGGAAGGUCACCAUGUGUUUCGGAGACGAAGUGGGCGAAUAUGAAUGGGAUCGGCGGGCAAGGAGGUGGAACCGGUUGGAACAGGUUGAGCACACGGAAACGGCGGAUGACUUCCUGGGUGACAACCUGCGACCAUUCCUGCAUGUAUAUGUGCAGCUGGACGGAGAAGGCUGGGAUAUUGAAUUCGUGUGGAACCAGGAAAAGAAAUAA